GUCGUCGUCGUGCUUAUAUUUGAACGAGAGAGUUUUCUAAAUAACGAAAGGAAGAAAGGAAGACAUGGGGCUGCAGCGGCGGCGCCACCCCGAGCGGUGGGUGAUCCCGGCGGUGCCGCCGACCUACGUCCUCUCCACCGCCGCGCUCCUCCUCCUCGUCGUCUUCGCCUUCCUCUCACUCCUCGCCCCGCCCCUCCCCGACCACCCAUCCUUCCCCCAUCCUCUCUUCUGCCACCGCUGCUCCCACCUCCCCUCCCUCCUGGUAUUCUCUCCAUCCGUUCUCUCCCUUAAUCUCUUUUCUUUGUUCGAGUUUCUCAUUGCCAUUUUCGGUUUGCUCAAGAAUCCGGUGGAGCUGCAGAGGAAUGUGGUUGCUGCGGAUCCAUUUCGUGUUCCGAGUGGAGGGGGGAGUCCGGUGAGUGAUCUCUGGGGUUCGAAGCAGGCCAAAUACUUCUACGGAUGCAGCAAUGCGAGCAGUGAGUUUGCGAAAGAGGAAGCCAUCACUCAACCCAAUCGGUAUUUGAUGAUCGCGACUAGUGGAGGAUUAAACCAGCAGCGAACAGGGAUAACAGAUGCUGUUGUUGCAGCGCGCAUUUUGAAUGCGACGCUUGUGGUUCCUAAGCUGGAUCAGAAAUCAUUCUGGAAGGAUGCUAGUGAUUUUGCUGAAAUCUUCGAUGUUGACUGGUUCAUAUCCUCUCUCUCAAAGGAUGUUAAAAUUAUAAAACAGCUCCCCAAAAAGGGUGGAAAAGUAAUUGGAACCCCUUACACAAUGCGUGUUCCAAGGAAGUGUGCACCAACAUGCUAUGAAACUCGAGUCUUACCUGUUCUUUUGAAAAAGCAUAUUGUUCAGCUAACGAAGUUCGACUACAGGCUUUCAAACAAGUUGGAGACUAAUCUUCAAAAACUGAGAUGUAGAGUUAAUUAUCAUGCCCUUAGAUUUACAGAUCCUAUACAGGAAAUGGGCGAUAGGCUGAUUCGGAGAAUGAAGGCAAGAAGCAAGCACUUUAUUGCCCUUCACCUGAGAUUUGAACCUGAUAUGCUUGCCUUCUCUGGGUGCUAUUAUGGAGGAGGAGAAAAGGAAAGGACAGAAUUGGGUGCCAUACGCAAGAGGUGGAAAACCUUGCAUACAAGCAACUCGGACAAGGAACGCAGGCAUGGGAAAUGCCCAUUGACACCUGAGGAGGUAGGCCUUUUGCUGAGAGCACUGGGGUUUGGCAAAGAUGUUCACAUCUAUGUGGCAUCUGGUGAGGUCUAUGGGGGAGAGGAGACAUUGGCACCUCUGAAGGCAGUCUUUCCUAACUUUCACUCGAAAGAAACUUUAGCAAGCAAGGUGGAGUUGGCACCAUUUGCAGCAUUCUCAUCUCGCAUGGCUGCCCUUGACUUCAUUGUAUGCGACGGCAGCGAUGUAUUUGUAACAAACAACAACGGGAACAUGGCUAGGAUGUUGGCUGGUCGGAGGAGAUAUUUUGGACAUAGGAGAACCAUAAGACCAAAUGCUAAGAAACUGUACUCUGUGUUUCUGAACCGAACCUGCAUGGCCUGGGAAGCGUUUGCAUCCAAGGUCCGCACUUGUCAAAAGGGAUUCAUGGGGGAGCCCAAUGAGGUUAGACCUGGUAGAGGAGAAUUUCAUGAAAACCCUUCAACAUGUAUAUGUGAAAAUUCCAAGAAAGAAUCAGCAACUACCUAUCACAUUCAGUCAAAGAUUGGAAUUGAAAAUGGGAAGUCUAAUUCAACUAGAAGUAUUGGGGAACCGACAGACAAUCCUUCUACUGAUGAGGAGUCGGAUUGGAGGGACUUUGAUUAUGGAGAAAAUACACCUCUAGGGGGCUCACUGAAUGGAACAGACCAGGAGUAUAACCUCUUCAUCAGAUCUGAAGUUCCAGACUUGCAAGAAAUGCUUUCAGACUAGAAAAGUCAGUUGGCUGUCAAACAGAGCAUUGCAUUUGACCCAUUCUUUUAUUAUAUUUCUUUAGUGUUUUGAAAGCUUUGCCUCAUCAAGCAACUGAUCUCUGCACCACUGCUCCAUCGUUCAACAUAUUGCAGUGUCUUUUUUCAUCAGAGAAAGGUAAAUAGAAGGGAAAGGCACCAUAAUACCACUGUAUAUAGAACUGUACGGUACUUCGUACACCUGAUCUCAGAAUCAAAGCAACAUUUUAAAUCCGCUUGGAUACUGCAGAGCUUUGAUGUGCAUUGCUGAAACAAUU